AACUAUACUGAAGUUUGGCAAAAGUCUAAUGUGUCAAAAGUUUUUCUUGUAUAUUAAUUUAUUUAAUACAAAUUCAGCACCAAAAUAUAAUGUCUCCUCAGCCAGUUGCUGAUAUAAUGCCGAGCAACUCUUUUGAAGCAGUAAAAGAGGAAAUGGAGUCUAUAGCCAUAGAUACAUCAAGUAAUAUGGUUGCACCAACGGAUUCUGGUGAAAUUAGCAACCAAACAGAUUGUAUGGUCCCGCGCAAACAACGCGAACGCCGCAAUAAAUCGCCAAUUGCCAUAUCAACUCUUUUAGAGACUUUUGCUGCUCCAUUGUCACCGGCGUCCUCCACAUCAACCUCACAAGGUAACUGCAGUGCAGAUGCCACAUUUGAACCAUCAAUUGAUAUGAUGGUCAACGAUUUUGACGAUGAACAGACCUUGAACGAGGAAGAAGCCUUAGCCGCAAUGGAACAGCAAGACCCUAACGAUGAAAUUGCUACAUUGCAAGAGGAAAGUGAAAUGCCUUUAGAAGAAUUGUUGGCAAAAUAUCAAGUAACACCACCAGCUCCUGUACACGUUGGAGCAUAUAGAAAAAAGAAUAAACGUUCGGCUGGUGGUGGUAAGAACUCUAAACAUCGCAAAGUUGCAAGUGAAUCAGCUGUAAUUUCUGAAGAUCCUACAGAACCUACUUUAGAAACUGUUGAAGUUAAUGAACCGAAUACUAAAGAAAGAGCGACAAGUGACAUCAUUUUGAUUGAAGAGAGUGGUGAUGAAGAAAACAUUGCCAAAAAGAUAGUUCCAGAAUUGUGCGAGGAUAAUGAAGAAUGUAUAGAAGAAGAUGAAUUUGAUUGUAAACAAGAUGAAACUGUAGAAAGUGUGGAAUUAACAAAUGGACUUGCAGAUAAAAAUAAAUACCGUCGUACACAUCUUAUGGACCUUUAUCCAGAGGAGUCUUUCACUGAAGUAUUAAAUUCAGGAGUUGGAACCGAAAAAGACGCACAAAUCGACCUACUUUAUGAUGAUGAUAAUGAGGAAGAUGUAAAUGAUGCCGAAGAGGAGGAAGAAGAUGAAUUUGACAGCGACUAUGUAAAGAAGACCAUUAUGGUAGGACCAUCAUACCAAGCAACUAUACCAGAUGGUUUAUCACAAUAUGGCGAUGUGUUACCCUAUGAAAAUGAAGAUAAACUGAUCUGGGAACCCAGUCAGGUUAGUGAGAGACAAGUUGAGGAAUACUUGCUUAAGGCACGGGAUAUCAAACCAAGUUUGUUAGAUAAUGGCGACGAGGAAGGUGAAGAGCCUAGAAGAACUACUAAUACAGAGGAACAGACCCUAGAUACAACAAAUGUUGCAUCAAAUGGCGUCGAUGUCGAAAAUAAAGAGUCGUCUCUUAUUAAUAAAGCAGAUGACAUGCUAAGCACCGUUACUUCAUUAUCAAGUGAAAGCGCUGAUGCAACUGCUGUGAUUAAGGAUAAUGAGCAGGCACUUCAUUUACUCGUCCAAUGCGGUUAUGACUUUAAAGAGGCCUUACGACGUAAACGUCUAAAUGCCCUCCCACUGACUGGUUCGAUGAGCCUGUGGUCAGAAGAAGAGUGUCAUAAAUUCGAGGAGGGUAUACAAAAGUUUGGCAAAGAUUUUUUCAAAAUACGCCAAAAUCAGGUGCGUACGCGUACAAUGCGUGAGCUGGUGCAGUUCUAUUAUAUCUGGAAGAAAAGUGAUCGUCGUGAUCACAAUUUUGCUAACUCUGACACAGUAGAUCACAUGGACAUUUAUUUGAACGAGGGUGGCGAUUUCAGUCCAACAGCGGGAAUUAACGGUAACUCCACAACGGGGCAUUCUUCCAACGCUAAUGGUGCUGCAACGCUAGGUGCGAGAAAAAAUAACGCUUGCGUUCAAAAAAAUCCAAUUUCCAUAAUGAUGGUAGGCAACACCACCACUAAUAGCGGUACGCCGAUAGCAACAACAGCACAAAUAAAUGGCAAUACUAGUAAAGUAGCAAGCAAUCGGAAACGCAAUGUUGUAGGAAACACCAAUAGUAACUUUGAGAAUCCAAUAAAUCAAAAUAUACCAGCACCGGUUGCACAAACGAAAUGAUGACGAAUCAUUGGAUAGUCUCCUAGUGCAGCGCAAAGCAGAAAGCAAAUCAAACUGCGACGUGUUAAAGCCGGGCCCUACUGGUACUGGCGUAUUACACGCAACACUUUGCUUAGGUUGCUAAUGUUAAGAAAGUAAAUAGUAUUAAAUAACUAACAUUUCUUUAUAUAUUCCGACAUAUAUACAUACAUAUAUACUAUAUAUAUAACAUAAAAUACAUAAAUA